GAGACUCAAAAUAUUUAGGCUAGGGUUCUAGAACAGUAGGACUAUAUUUCUACAUAGGGUAGUGAGUAAAACAUUCCUCAGUGUUGACAACCGUAAAAAUGGCUCAUCUUCAAAUCAAAGAAGGUGAAUUCACGUCAACAAUUUAUGGAUUUAUAAAAGAUCAAAAAUUCUCAGAAGCAAUUCAAGUUCUUAAUCAUCAGUUACAAGGUGAAACAAAGUCCAGAGCAGCCCUAUCUCUGUUAGCUUAUUGUUAUUACCAAGUUCAAGAUUUUGUUAAUGCUUCUGACUGCUACGAACAGCUUGCUGUCCUUCACCCAGAAGUGGAAGACUACAGAUUGUACUAUGCCCAGUCCUUGCACAAAGCAUGUCUCUAUCAAGAGGCAAUGAAAGUGGCUUGCCAGAUUGAUAAUCCGAAAUAUCAGGGUCAGAUCACAAAAUUACAAGCAGCUAUUAAAUAUGGAGAAGAAGAUCUGCCAGCAGCAAAAAGCUUGGUGGAGCAAUGUCCAGCUGAUGACCCAGAUACAGAAAUCAAUUUUGGAUGUUUACUAUACAAAGAGAAACGCUAUGACGAAGCUUGUGAUAAAUUUGUUGGCGCUAUGCAAGUGGUGGGCUACAAGGCUGACCUGUCCUACAACAUAGCCCUGUGUCAUUAUAUGUUGAAGCAGUACGCUCCGGCCUUGAAGCACAUAGCAGACAUCAUUGAACGUGGUAUACGAGAACAUCCAGAGUUGAGUGUGGGCAUGACCACAGAAGGCAUUGAUGUCAGAAGUGUCGGCAACUCUAUGACAUUACAUGAAACAGCUCUCAUAGAGGCAUUUAACUUGAAGGCGGCUAUGGAGUAUCAGUUGAAAAAUUAUGAAGCUGCUGUUGAAGCAUUGACUGAUAUGCCGCCCCGUUCAGAGGAAGAACUAGAUGCUGUCACGUUACACAAUCAAGCACUGAUGAACAUGGAAAGCUUGCCAACUCAGGGAUUCACCAAAAUGCAGUUCCUACUUCAGCAGAAUCCCUUCCCACCAGAAACAUUUGGCAAUCUCUUGCUUCUGUAUGUGAAAUAUGAGUACUAUGAUCUAGCCGCUGAUGUCUUAGCAGAAAAUGCUCAUCUAACGUAUAAAUAUCUCACACCUUACUUGUAUGACUUUCUGGAAGCAGUGAUAACAAGACAAACGUCCCCAGAAGAAGCUUACAGGAAGCUGGACGAAAUGGCCACCAAACAAACAGAAACAUUGAGAAAGUUGACCAAACAAGUUCAAGAAUCUCGUCAGAAUCAUGAUGACGAGGCAGUGAAAAGGGCUGUCAAUGAAUAUGAUGAGGCUUUAGAGAGGUAUAUUCCAGUACUAAUGCAGCAAGCUAAAAUCUACUGGGAUAUGGAAAACUACUUGCAGGUGGAAAAAAUUUUCCGCAAGUCUGUUGAGUUCUGUAAUGAACACGACGCCUGGAAGCUGAACGUGGCGCAUGUUCUGUUCAUGCAGGAGAACAAAUACAAAGAGUCUGCCGGGUUCUACGAGCCAAUAGUCAAGAAAAACUAUGAAAAUUUGUUGAGUGUGAGCGCCAUUGUGCUGGCUAACUUGUGCGUCUCAUACAUCAUGACAAGUCAGAAUGAAGAAGCUGAAGAGCUCAUGAGGAAAAUUGAAAAAGAGGAAGAGCAAGUUGCUUAUGAGGAACCAGACAAGAAGAUUUACCAUUUAUGUAUUGUCAACUUAGUCAUUGGGACUCUGUACUGCGCCAAAGGAAACUAUGAGUUUGGUAUCUCACGAGUUAUUAAGAGCUUGGAGCCUUACAAUAAGAAACUCGGAACAGACACCUGGUUCUACGCCAAGUGCUGCUUUCUGUCUCUGAUUGAGAACAUGGCCAAACACAUGAUCAUGAUCCGAGACACAGUCCUCAGUGAAUGUAUUCAAUUUCUAGAAUGUUGUGAAAUGUAUGGAAGAGAGGUCAAGGCCGUCAUAGAGCAGCCUUUAGAGGAGGAGCCCAUGCAUCCUGGGAGAAACACUGUGGCUUUUGAAGCUCGGCUCCUGAAAUCUCUCUUGUUGCAGCUAAACUAAUCGGACAUUUUGUUUUUCCCUAGUCCUUUAUGUACAUCAAACUUUGAGAACAGAACUUUUUGUGUGGGUCAGUGAUGAGAAGGAUAAUUUCAUUGUUCUAAACUGUAUACAAUUUUGAAUUGAAACAUUUUCUGUGAUAUACAAAACUUUUUAUUUUAAAGAAAAAUGUCUCCGUCCAUUCCAAAAUGAUUACUUUAUACAUUUCUGUUCAUAAAUAUUUGUAUGAAAUAAAUUUUAUUUUUUAUUAUCA